CACACAGGGAAGUAUUUAAAAUGCAUGAAUAAUGUAUGUAUAAUGUGUAUAUGAAAUGUAAAUGGAUUCUGGGCUUCAUAGCCCCAGGAUAUUUCAUCAUGUCUAUGCAUAUAUAAUCUACUCAAAAAGAAAUCACAAUGUUAGGUAAGGGCUAUGGAGCCUGUGCACCCAAGUCCCAUCACAGCCAGCCUAUGCCCUUCUUGAUCAUGCGGCUGCAGAGCCUCCUCUGUAUAUCGUUCCCCUCUGGCUGACACAAUCACAUGGUCUGUUGUCAUUUUCACAUCAGGCCCCUGCCCUGCAGUUAGGAGUCCUCUGAACAAUGUUAGCUUGCCCGAUAUAUGUGUGAAUGCAGGAAGUGUCAGGACUUAGUUUCCUGUUCACCCGGAGAAGGCCUAUGCCUUUUACCCCUGCAGUCUCCAGAAUCUGGAAGUAUGUGAUGUGAGUGCAGUAGCCACACGGUCCUUGUUUGUAGGUAGGUGGUAUCCUGCCACUUGGUUUUGAGCGGGAACUCAUGUGUUCUGAAUGGCGGUGGCAGAUGGGAAUCUUGAAUUCCUGUUCAUUCUGGGGAAUGACAUGUAUUGUGUCUUCUCUCCCCACUCUGUUCCCCAGGGUCCAGCAGCAGUGCAGACCCCAUUUCCUCCCUUAUUGUAUGCUUCACAGCACUUUGCCUCGGGCCUCAGGAUUGGGCUCCAGGGAUGAUGGAACCGCUGUGUCCCCAGGGAAGACAGGUUAGGUGAAUGCACUCUGGCCAGCCUCGUGUUGUCUUGUAGGGGAUGUGUAGGUGUCACACAGACCAUAGGUGGCAGAAUCUAUGCCGCGGACCCAGAGAUCUGUGACUGUGGUGAUCAGGGGGGCUUGUCACUGCUGAGAAAUGACUGUCUUCUUCCUGUUGCUCUGCCCCUCUCCUUUGCCCUUCCAUUCAACUUCCGGUAAAGCUCCACAUCUCUUGUCAGUGUCUUUUAGUUCCACAUGGCAGGAGCUCCCAAGGCUAACAACUGUGUUUCAUGGUCCUCUUCGAAUCUUCUUUCACACUCAUAGAUGGACAUUACUUGGCGUUGAGUGACUUUGAUGUUCUUUUUAGGGACACUGCUAAGAAGAGUGUCUCUUCUUUUCUAGGCCUGGUGAGAUUGGAUACAUCGCUGUAGGCACCAGAAAUAGAGAAGUCCUGAGAGCCAGGGCCUGGACAAACUCACCUGUCCGUGUGGUGUUCCUUGGCUGAAAUUCAGGCUCCUCCCCUGCUGCCCUUGUACGUGACAGGCAACUGAGUGAGUAUUACCCUGGAAAAUCUCUGUUUGUGAUCCUUCUGCCUCAGGGGUGUGAUGCCCUUCUGGGCUUGUCUCUGCUCUCCAUUCCCCAACUCUGGCAUUAGUCUCGAAAUCUGGACAGAGGUCCAGUUUCCAUCUGGGAAGAUGCAGCACAGAAAGGUGAAAUGAGGUGAAUAACCACGGGAUUUCUCUCCCCCACCCCUUGUCACCUUUCAUUUCAGUCUGGCUACUUCUGGCUGUACACAUUCGUCCUCCCUACCUUCUAGUUAUCAUAGAACCCACCACCUUCCACUUCCUGAGUAGACCCCAGGCCGGGUGUGGCCCCCAGCUCAGACUAGCCCCCAUGGAUCCCCUCCAGAAAUGGGACUCAGCAUUGAUUUCCGGGUCUUCCCAAGUGGCCAUUGUGGAGACCUCCCAGGAAGGUUCUGCAUCCUCUCACCUCAUCUCUUUAGAAGAGCUGAGGAUGGGCCUCAGUGGCCUGAGCACCACUCCUGGCUCCAGCGCCCCUACACCUUUGGCAGAGCGGCUGCUCCAGAGGCAGUGCAUGGAGCAGAAUAACGUCCUGGAGCAGCGCUGUGGACGCCUGGGUUUCCCUCAGAAGAAGAAAGCAUUCCUGGGACAAUUGAGACGCAGGCACCGAGAUCACAGGGCACCUUACCCGGUGGAAAAGGACAGCAGAAUCUUCCGCUCAGGCAACAGAGCAAAGAAUUGGUUCCGAUGUGAAUGUCUGUAUUGCCAGGCCCGUGGGCAAAAUAUUAUUGGGGAAAGGGAUGGGGCCACCAAUCCUUCCUCCUGGGAUACACUAGUGCAGGGACUUGGUGGCCUUACCCUCAGCCUGGGGGCUGAGAGACCCAGCCUCCCGCCAGAGGGGCCACAGCAGCAGCCUCAGCAGCAGUGUCAGCAGAGACAGCAGCCGCCAGAACACAAGUGCCAGCGGGAAAGCAAGAGGAGGUUCCAGAAGCUGUUCAAACAGUGGUUGGAAGAAAACUGAGGUGCUCAGCUUCAGGGGCACAGAGACCCCAAUGAUCCGCACAGUGCUUCGUUGUCAGCUUUUGCGUGUAGGCUUCUUUGUGGGACAAAAUACAGAGCUGUUCAUCGCGGGACUCCCAAGGCCUGCGCGUUUUCACCAACAUCUUCCAGGCAUGAGAUGUGACCCAUUCCCAGGAGGACCUCUGCUUUGCUGCCUGUUAUUUGUGGAGUAGUGUGGAGCGUUCUAGUGUAAAGGAGACUACACACCCCUGGUCCUCAGAUCAUCUCCUGUGCUCCUGUGAUGCAUGUUGACACUUUCCCUGCCUGGAUCUCUGUCUUUCCUACCUACUUCCUUAUUGGUACAGUGAGGGUGUCUGUGGCCUUGUCGAUGUCCACGUGCUUUUGUGCCCUUUGAUCCAGGUUCAAGAAUCUGCAACUGUAGAGUGUGGGGAGAAAGGUGGAGUCAGACCAUGGUGGUUCACUGUUUUACCUUCUGUAUAAACAAGAUAGUCAACUAGGCUAGGCUAACUGGAAGUUCACGUGUAGCUGCUCCUUAACAGUAGAGUAAUAUUCUCCCACACGGGAAUUUCUGAUGGAGUACCUCAUUGUCAAUGCCAAAUAAUAAACACACUUGUGAAAGAA